GAUGGCGUCACGCGGCGCGCGGGGCCGGGCGCGGGGAGCGGCGGCGGAGGCGGAAGAAUGUCAGUGGCUGCUUACUGUGUAUUUUGCUACAGAAAAAUAGGAACCUCUGGUCCAGCCCCAAAAACACCCUGGAAUGAUAUCAGAAAAAUUGCAAAGGUAACUGGAUCGCUUAUACUAGGWGGUUUUGUAUUCAUUACAUAUGAAGUCCUGUCCUUAAAUAAGUUACUGCAAAUCGAUACUCAAGCUCURCAUCAAGAGAAGCAUAAAUCCUAUGUUUAUGCACGUUCAGCUUCUCUAAGUCCRAGUGAAUAUCAAGGGAUCACAUACAAAGCCAGAAAAGAAAUCCAUAAAGCAGUGAGGAAAAUUCUGGAAACAGAAGCUAGAAUCUUCCGGAGACCUUUUAAUGAACAAUUCAGUACCUUUGAUGGAGAUGAUCAAGAGUGUGCCUUAUGGCUUCUGUUAAAGAGAAGUCAGUCAGAAGACAAAGCAGUCMGACUGCAGGCUGUACAAGACCUGGCAAGCAACAGUCAUUGGCAUGAUUAUCAGUAUGGCACAGUUGCUCAAGCCUGUGAUCAAAGGACCACUAUAGGUUUGGCUCGAUCCAAAGAUGUCGACCUUCGCUUUUUCCUGCCUCCACCACCACUGCCAAAAAUAAAGACUGAUUAUCCCAUAGAAGAUGAACUUCGCUUGUUGUUGGUAUCUUUACCUCAGACUGGUAUUGAUCCAUGCGUCCAGUAUUUCACAUCUCUUGCAUUACGUGAAAGUAGCCAGACUCUUGCUGCACAAAGGGGAGGCUUAUGGUGUUUUGGAGGAAAUGGACUUCCAUAYUGUGAGACAUUGAGUAAAAUCCCUUCAGAGACAGUGGAGCUCUUCUGCUUGCAGGCUUUAGUACAGCAUUCUAAGAUAUGUUCUCACUGUGAUAAAAUUGAAGCUAAAGGAGGCCUUCAGCUGCUACAGCGGAUAUACCAGCAACGUAAACAUUCAGCCAAGAUACAGAGGAACAUAAUCCGCAUUAUUGGGAAUAUGGCUUUGGAUGAACAUCUUCACUCAUCCAUAGUACAUGCAGGUUGGGUUUCUGUACUUGCUGAAGUAAUGAAAUCCCCACAUGUCAUUCAGUCUUCUCAUGCAUCCAGAGCUUUGGCUAAUCUAGACAGGGAUGCAGUGAAAGAGAAAUAUCUAGAUGGUGUUUAUGUCCUACAUCCACAAUAUCGUAGCAGCCAGCCCAUCAGAGCAGACAUCCUUUUCAUUCACGGUCUUUUGGGAGCAGCAUUUAAAACCUGGCGACAGCAAGACAUUGACCACCAGCAUUUGGAUAAAAAGACCUCAGAAGGGGAAGAGGGCUAUAGUCAGUGCUGGCCAAAGACAUGGCUGGCUUCAGACUGUCCUUCCCUUAGAAUCAUAUCUGUGGAAUAUGACACCCAUUUGAGUGACUGGAAAGCAAAAUGUCCUGUUGAGGCUCACAGGAAGUCGAUUGCUUUCAGGAGCAGUGAGCUGCUUGACAAGCUCAAAGCUGCUGGGAUUGGAGRGAGACCUCUGGUGUGGGUAUCCCAUAGCAUGGGUGGUCUUCUAGUCAAAAAAAUGCUGGUGGAUGCUUCCAAGAAUCCAGAAAUGGAUAAAAUYGUAAACAACACCAGAGGAAUCGUAUUUUAUAGUGUACCUCACCAUGGUUCCCGGCUGGCUGAAUAUUCUAUAAAUGCCAGAUAUCUCCUCUUCCCGUCUGUGGAGGUUAAAGAACUCAGCAAGGAUUCUCCUGCCCUUAAAGAGCUAAAUGAUGAAUUCUUGUCUUUUGCCAAAGACAAGAAAUUUUCAGUGCUGAGUUUUGCAGAAACCUUACCAACACACAUAGGCAGCAUGAUAAAACUGCAUGUUGUACCUGUGGAGUCAGCAGACUUAGGAAUUGGAGACCUUAUUCCAGUGGAUGUUAAUCAUCUAAAUAUUUGUAAGCCAAAGAAGAAGGAUGCUUUCCUGUAUCAACGUACACUGAAGUUCAUUCAGGAUGUUUUAGCCCAAGAACUUUGAGGUUUUGUCAUCCUUUCCUGCUURUGUCCUGUUUGCUGUAACACAGAAACUUCUCCUAACAUUUGUUAGGGGAUCUGCAGAAUUACAAGGGUGCUAUAUYGGUAGUAUCUGCUGCUUAAUAAUUUACUGUACAUCUUGAAUUUUAGACACCUCUCCAGUUUAUUUCUCAAAGCACAUUYAAAACAAAUACAAACUUGGCAAAAAGAAAGUGUGUGCCCAGGAUAUCUUCUUUUAGCACAAAAAAGCCCCAAGCUUGCUUUGAAAGCAGCUAAAUAUACGUGUGGACAAAAUCUUACAGUGAGGAUUGCUGAGCUUGUUACCUUUUGUACCAAAGGGGAGGAGCAGUGUGUGGUUGCUGCAAAGUUUUGGUUUACUGUCCAUUUUAGGUCUCCUGUCUGGAGCCUGAAAAAAUAGUGUCCAAGUGAAYGAAGGUGGCAUUUUGGUCUAGUGGCCCAGUUACUGGAGGUUUUGUCAUUUGCCUUUUAAUUUAAUAGACCACCCAGAUCUGUCAGCAGACACGGCAUCUGUUUUCUGCAUGAGAAAGRGGUAGUUGGCAACUUGCCUUGCUUAGAAAAUUGUCAUUGUUUUAAUCUGUUUGUAUUAAUGGAAACAAAAGAAAAGAAAUAGUCACCUUCUUGUACAUUUCUCUCCCAAUCUUAGCAACCUGUGAGAUUGCUUUCCUUAGGACAGUGUGUAUCUGGUCAGACAGGGCACAUUGAAGAUGUAGAGCAGAGGCUCAACUCUUCUGCUUUACUCUUGGGACACACUGAGAAGAUGCUACAUUCAUACAUGUUCAUGUUACUUCUACGGAAACUUUCCUGUUGCUGAUUUAAAGAAGAGCAUUGAUAUGCUCAGGUGGAGCCAGACAAAUGCAGGCUCUCACAAGAAAGCGAAUGCUUGRAGUUUGGAGCUGAGGUAGAAAAAAGUAAUGCAGGAAAAAAAUCAGGAGAUUGUAAAGUCCCACUGGAAAUUGGGAUACCUAAAUAUUUAGGUUUCUUGGGGCCCCAAUAUAUCUUUUGGUGUAGAUACAAACAGCAGCAUUSUCUUAUUUGAAUUUAUGUUCAUGUUUAGGAUACCUUAACAGUACUAAUGAGAAAUCAGUAUUUUUAGACAGAAAAAAAAGACAGUGCACAGUCACUUUUUGAAGUCUUAGAUAGUUGGCAGUGUGGUUAAAAGCAGCCUCAUCUUAUUGUGGUCCCUUUACUUGUUUUUUUGACACCUGCAACCUUCUCUGAAAACAAGCAUAGGCUGUGUAAAGCUGUACUGCCUUUGCUGAGCGUUUGUUAAAUAAGGUCUGUGUUGAUGACYGUCUUGAGGUGUCUCCUAAUGUCACUUCUGUGAGAUGGAUCCAAUGUCACUGCCCUUGAAAUGAUGGCUAUGAAAGCUGCCAAGGAGAUGGGAUGCACCUUGCAGGUCUGCAUGGUCUUGGUGCCSGUGGGCACUGCAGUCCUGCCAGGUCCUGAGGCCAGCCCAGGAGGACAUUGCAACUGAAAAUACAAUUCUGGAAGUUGAGGCUUGACCUGAGGGAGUUGUGAAGUAAAAUUCACAAGAGCAGUACAGAGAAUGUUUGGCACUGCACUGGCAAAAAGAGCAUUUUCCCCCAAGAUGUAGGUAACAAUGCUGCAUGGCAGUAUUUUGUAUAGAAAAUGUAACAGARAUGUCGUAAUUUCUAAAGAGCUUUAUCUUUUUUACACUGUGGUUUAGACUUCWGAGUGUAAAUAUAUUAGUACACUUUGUAUUCACAAAGUAGAGAGUAUGUGGAAUUCAUGGUAAAUAGACAAGACUUCUAAUAACUGAAUGCUUGUUUAGUGUGACAAAUCUAUUGGUUUUAAUAGACUCCUUUGGCUCACUGAUUCAGAUCAGUGACAUUAAAGAUUAAUCUUAGUAAAUGCAUCUGUGUUUUGUAACUGGAACUCUUAAGGCWGUGUUCUUUUUGUAACUAUUUAUAUAUGUGUAACUUCUAAAACUAAUAUUUGGUGGGGGGGGGUUGUUUGGUUUGGGGGGAUUGGGUUUUAAUUUUUGGAAUAUAGUAGUAAAAUGUGAUCUAAAAAAUGUCUUGGGUAUGUCACAAAGUGUAUUAAAAUAUAUUAAUGAUCUGCCACCUGAAUACUCUGGACCUUUUUGUUAAAGACGUGCAUUAUUUUUCAGUGAUUGUCUCGUGCUGGGAGAAUGUAACAUUACCCUUCAUCUUGGGUAAGAGGCACAGUACUGGGAGGCAGCUCGUCAGCCGUGUUUUACCAGACUGAACAGUUUUUCAGUUGUGCUUUUGGAUUUUGCAGCAGUGCCUCCUAAAGCAUGUACAGACAUUAGUUUGAGGGCUAGCAGGUCCACUUCCUGUCAGGAAUUUGAUGCUUUUGUACUUCCUGGUGUCACAUUAAUUGAGAGUAGUGUCUUUCUGUAAAUUCUCAGGUCUCAAACUWUUCUUUUAAUCCCAUCCAGUGGCUCAGCUGCAGGUGUGGCAGACAGGUUCURUGUGAGUUGUCUGAGGAGAUGUUGUUUCAUCUGCAUUGUGGUAUCCAAGAGUAAACUAGUGAGACAGGA